AUGGUAAUGAAUUUCAACAAAGAAGUCAAGAUACUUCGGGAUAUUGAGGAGAAUAAAAGAUGUGCCGACUGUUCUGGACCAAAUCCACCAUGGGCAUCUGUGACUUAUGGAAUAUUCAUAUGCUUUGAUUGCGCCAGUGUUCAUAGAUCUUUAGGAGUCAAGACUAGCUUUGUAAAGAGCGUGAAUCUAGACAUUUGGGAUGAGAAAGAGUACCUGUUUAUGAAGCAUGGGUCAAAUGAGAAGUUCAGAAAGUUCUUGGAGCAAUAUGGGCUUGUUGGGCGUGAAAUGAAUGAGAUUUAUAACAACAACCACAUCAAGAGAUAUGCUGCAAAUGUUAAGAGUCUUGUUGUAAAAGAGAUGGGCGAGGAGGCAUUCAACAAGGCAAAGAUCAGCACUAUUCCUAAAGAAUCUAAAGACUCCGAAGGAUGGAUGAAUAGAUCCUCUACGAAUUGUGUAAAUAGAAGUAGGGGCCCAUGCAGUACAACAGGGCUUGAAUCAACGAGUACAGGAUCAUUGCACAACUCUAUUGCAUCCACUUUAUCCAUUGUUGGAAGUGCGAUUUUUUCGAGUGCAAAGAUUAUCACCGAUAAGACCGUAGAGUAUGGAGGUAUUGUUGUCAGUUCUACAAAGAGCAUAAUCAAGGACAACUCCUCUUCGUUGGCAUCUAUCUUCAAGAAGAAGGAGUUGGCUCCGAAGGACCAUAUAAAAGUCCCAGAAAAGCAGGAAAUCUCUGAAAAGUCGGGCAAAUGGGAUUAG